GCGGGGAUUCUGCGCCUGCGCAGUGGAGCUCGGCGCUUUAGUUUUGAGCUUCUGUGAGGGUCCCGGCGGCGAGCGGUGACCCCAUGGCGGAGUCCGAGCCCCUUCUGAGCCGGGUCCGCGGCGGCAGAGGGCGCGACUGCCCGGCGGGCGCACCCUCUUGCCGCAGCGUCCAAGUCGGCCCUGGGCCCGAGGGCGGAUGGGGUCUGUGCUUCGACCAGGCUGUGGUCUUCAUCGAGGAUGCGAUCCAGUACCGCUCCAUCAACCACCGCAUGGACACCAGGUCGAUGUGGCUCUACCGCUGGUAUUACUCGGGCACGAGCCAGUGGAUUCUGAGCUUCAUCAUUUUCUUGAUCCUGUCCUUGGCCUUCAUUGAGACGCCUUCCUCGUUCACCAGCACCUCGGACAUCCGCUACCGCACGGAGCCCUGGAACCCGCCCUGCGGCCUCACGGAGGGCGUCGAGGGCCUGUGCCUGCUGGCCUUCGCCGCCGACCUCUCCGUGAAGAGCUACCUGGUAGGGUGGGCCCAGUUCCGGAAGAGCCUCUGGCUGCUGGCCUACCUUGUGGUGCUGGUCGCGUCUUUCCUGGACUGGAUGGUCUCGCUGGGUCUCGUCUGCCAGGAGCCCCUGAGGCUCCGGCGGCUGCUGCGGCCCUUCUUCCUGCUGCAGAACUCCUCCAUGAUGAAGAAGACGCUCAAGUGCAUCCGCUGGUCGCUGCCGGAGAUGGCCAGCGUCGCGCUGCUGCUGGCGCUGCACCUGUGCGUCUUCACCAUGUUCGGGAUGCUGCUGUUCACGGGCGAGAAGCAGGAUGACAGGCAGGACCGGGAGAGGCUGACCUACUUCCGCAACCUGCCGGAGGCCCUGACUUCGCUCCUGGUGCUGCUGACCACUGCCAACAACCCCGACGUGAUGGUUCCCGCGUACUCCAAGAACCGGGCCUACGCCAUCUUCUUCAUAGCCUUCACCCUGAUCGGGAGCUUGUUUCUGAUGAACCUGCUGACGGCCAUCAUCUACAACCAGUUCCGGGGCUACCUGCUGAAAUCUUUCCAGGCCUCGCUGUUCCGGCGACGGCUGGGCACCCGGGCCGCCUACGAGGUCCUCUCCUCAACGUCAGGGGGAGCCGGGGUGAGGGCGCAGGACCUGCUGCAGGUGCUCCGGAGAGUCCAGGUGGACGGCACCCGGAAGCAAGUCGUCAUGGAGAGGGUGCGCUCCCACGGCAGUGGCCUGCUGUCCGCCGACGAGUUCCAGAAACUCUUCAACGAGUUUGACAAGAGGGUGACCAAAGAGCACCCGCCGCCGCCCGAGUACCGGUCCCCGUUUCUGCAGACCGCGCAGUUCCUCUUCGGCCACCGCUACUUCGACUACCUGGGGAACCUCAUCGUCCUCAUGAACCUCGUGUCCAUCUGCGUGUUCCUGGCGAUAGACGCCGACAUCCUGCCCCGGGACCGGGACGACUUCAUCCUGGGGAUCUUCAACUGCGUCUUCGUCCUGUACUACCUGGCGGAGAUGCUGCUCAAGGUGUUCGCGCUGGGCCUGCUGGGCUACCUGUCCUACCCCAGCAACGCCUUCGACGGGCUCCUCACUGUCGUCCUGCUGGUGUUGGAGAUCUCGACUCUGGCCGUGUACGGGUUCCCGCACCAGGGCUGGAAGCCGGAGAUGAAGGGCCUGCUGUCGCUGUGGGACAUGGUCCGCCUGGCCAACAUGCUCAUCGUGUUCCGGUUCCUGCGCAUCAUCCCCAGCAUGAAGCUGAUGGCCGUGGUGGCCAGCACCAUCCUGGACCUGAUCAGGAACAUGCGGGCUUUCGGCGGGAUCCUGGUGGUAGUGUACUAUGUCUUCGCCAUCAUCGGCCUUAACCUGUUCCGGGGCGUCAUUGUGGCUCCUCCCGGGAACGGCAGCCUGGCCCCCGACAAUGGCUCCGCGCCCUGCGGCAGCUACGAGCAGCUGGAGUACUGGGCCAACAACUUUGACGACUUUGCGGCCGCGCUGGUCACGCUGUGGAACGUGAUGGUGGUGAACAACUGGCAGGUGUUCCUGGAUGCCUACCAACGCCUCUCGGGCCCGUGGUCGAAGAUCUACUUUGUGCUGUGGUGGCUGCUGUCGUCCGUCAUCUGGGUCAACCUGUUCCUGGCUCUGAUUCUAGAGAACUUCCUUCACAAGUGGGACCGCCGAGGUCACCUGCACUCCCUUUCUGGGGACCUGGAAGCCAGCUAUGAGACCAACGCGGUGGAUCUCUUGUUCAGGGAGGUCCUGGAGGAGCCCACGGAGGAGGAGCUGAUGGAGAAGCUGAAGCACCACCCCCACCUGCAGCUGUGCAGGUGACGUCUGUUCGGCGCGCCUUCCCGACGGGGCGGCGAUGGCGGAGCGGCCUGGGGACCGACGCCCGGCCCGGGGAGAGGCGGGCCGUGGCCGAAGGAGAGACCGGCCCUGGGACAAGCCCCUCCGCCCACCUGAGGCCGAGACAGCCGACGGCGAAGGCCCGGCGGCGCGGCCCAGGGGAGCGGCCGGCAGCUUCUGUCCGCAGUGGCCGGUGCUGCGGGCAGCGCCCACUCACGCCGCUUCCGCACUGAGCCGCCGUCACGCGUCUGAACGCAGAGAGGGGGUGACGCCUCCGGGGCCUUCGAGCUGGCCCCCCCUUGCGCCCCCCAGUGACCAUGGUGCCUUCGCUGCUGGUGGCCCUCAGGGACCCGGGCCUCGAGGGAGGGGCCCGCUCAGGCCGCCGGCAGCUCUCCCCGGCCGUCGUGCUGGGGGUCCCGGUGGUUUCACGUGAGGCGAACCCCGACUGCUGAGUGUCGCACGGCCCGGCCCGUGCGAACGUGACCGGGCGUGCCUCCUUCGGGGUCAGAGCGCCACCACCAGGGCGCCUGGACGAGAAGGAGCCCGUCGCCCCUACCUCAGCGCAGCUGCAGCCGUGGGCAGACGUCUCCUGCGUGGGCUGCCGGGGAGGGUGGCUGGGGGUGGCCGCGCAGGGUGUGCGCCGGCUUGGGGCGUUCUGCUGCUCAUUUACAUAAAGACUCGGAU